UUACUCCUAUUUAUUCCUUUGAUUAUUCCUCGUUCCCUCCUUUGAACAGAAGCCACCCUGGCUCCUUUGAAUAGAGAAACAGCAAAUUUAUUGCUCCUCAUAAUCCUCUUCCUUCUUCAUACCCUUUCACUUCACUCCAACAUAAACAGAGACUACUACAAGUUUUGUAGAGAAAAGAAAAAAGUUCUUUUUUGAGUUAAAUCAUUCUAUGGAGGAAGGAGGAGGGCUGGUGAGGUUGAAGGGGUGUGUGAAGAAUUACGAUUGGGGAAGACCGGGGAAAGAAUCUCGUGUGGCGCGCCUAUAUUCGCGCAAUACUGGUGACCAUAUUAUUGAGCAGGACAAGCCUUAUGCGGAAUUUUGGAUGGGUACUCACGAUUCUGGGCCUUCUUAUGUUGUGAAAGGAGCAGCUGAGAAUGGAUUGACGUUGACAUUGAAGAAUUGGAUUGAAAGCAACCCAAGUGUUGUUGGAGAUAAGAUUGUGAAUAAGUGGGGUUCCAACCUUCCUUUUCUCUUUAAGGUACUUUCUGUUGCAAAAGCUUUGUCCAUACAGGCCCAUCCAGACAAGGAUUUGGCCACUCGUCUGCAUAGUGAGCUCCCGGAUGUUUAUAAGGAUGACAAUCACAAACCGGAGAUGGCAUUGGCAUUGACAGAAUUUGAGGCCUUAUGUGGAUUUAUAAGUCUUGAGGAGCUUAAGUUGAUUGUUCAAACUGUGCCCGAGAUUAUCGAAGUGGUUGGCAAUGCACGCACAGAGCAAGUAUUAGACUUGAAUGAGGAUGGUGAAAAGGAGAAAGUUAAAUUAGUUCUACAAUCAGUGUUUACUGAGAUAAUGUCAGCAAGCAAGGAUAUGAUUGCUGAAGUGAUAGCCAAGCUGAUUAGUCGCCUACACAUAAAAUAUCAGGCAAGGCAGCUGACUGAGAAAGAACAAGUGGUCCUAAGACUCGAGAAGCAAUAUCCAGCUGAUGUUGGUGUCUUAGCUGCAUUCUUGUUAAAUUAUGUAAAACUCAAACCUGGUGAAGCUUUGUAUAUAGGGGCAAAUGAACCUCAUGCUUAUAUAUAUGGUGAUUGUGUUGAAAUCAUGGCAACAUCAGACAACGUGGUACGUGCUGGCCUAACUCCAAAGCACCGGGAUGUUAAAACUCUAUGCUCAAUGCUCACUUACAGACAGGGUUCUCCUGAAAUUCUGAACGGUACUGCAGUAAAUCCAUACACUAUGAGGUUCGUCCCUCCUUUUGAUGAAUUUGAGGUCGAUCGCUGUAUUCUUCCCAAACAAUCAACUGCUGAAUUCCCUGCUAUUCCUGGUCCCUCUAUGUUUUUGGUCAUAGAGGGAGAGGGAACAAUGACCACAUCAUCAGACGAGAUUGUUUGUGAAGGUGACGUCUUUUUUGCACCAGCAAACAUCAGCAUUACAGUUGCAACAUCUUCUGGUUUGCACUUAUAUAGAGCAGGAGUAAACAGCAGCUUUUUUGAGAAGUGAGAGGUGUGCUACAUCUGCUAUAAUUGGCCGAUUCAACCUUGUAAUAUAAAUGUGUACGUGCAUGUACGUGCACUUCUGUAAAUCAGGUAUAUAAGCAAAAUAUCAGUAUAAGGGUUAUAGCUAGCUCAUUAUACAGGUUCAGUGUUGCAC